CAUUGCCGAAAGCGAAACAGAAACCGAAAGAACUUCAGCGGAAAAUGUUACAAUACGAGUAGGCGGCGGGUGUGAUAGGGAACUUCCUCGGCUGAGGAGCAACAGUGGAUAAUCGGUAGGAGAAGGGUCGCAGCCAAUGCUCCGGAGAGUACUCAUCUCCAUCUAUGGAUAUGUUAAAGUUGUGAAAACCCAGUGAAAAAACCAAGUGCAAGUGUUGCCAAGCAGGAGCAACAUCGCAACGUCAUUGAAAUCAGAGAAAGAAAGGAGAAUUCGUAGAGAAAAGAGAAAAGUGAGAGACAAAAAGCCUGUGAAAACAAGGAGCUACAAUUUUCUUAAGAAAACACAACUGAGUUUUUGUUUUCCCUAAAGUAUUUCACUCCCACGCGCAGCCACACCGCCAUGAGCUCCACCGAAGGAGGAAGAGGAGUGGGAGCAGGAGCAGGAGCAGGUGCGGGCGGUGCUACGGGUGGGGGCCACAUCUUCCGCUCUCUGUCAUCGGAGAGCCAGAAACGGGAAUGGUCCAAGCGCCUAUCACUCAGGGGAAUGCGUCAUGGGGGAGCAGGAGGAACAGCAGGAGCUACAGGCCUGUCCACCGGAAAGGAGGAAAGCAAACACAGAAAGUUCUUUAGCCGCUCGGCCUCUCUGAAGCAGGCGGGGAGCGGUGGCAGCCAGCAGGCCUCCAUGGAGUUGCAUGUACCCGGGCAGGGUGGGGCAUCUUCUCCGCAGACCCAGACCCAACCCUCCACGCCCAAGAAGUCCAAUUGGGAGGUGAUCGAACAUUUCAAUACGAGUGCCAAGGGAGGCAAGGCCAUGGUUAGCAGCAGUUUGAUUGCGGCGGGCAUCACGCGGUGCAACAUCGACGAGUCCAUUGAUUCCACCAACUCGAGCUCCACCUGCCACAGUCCCAUGAUCUAUCAACGUGAUGAGACGCAGCUGCUGCAGCAAGGUGAUGCCAGCAAUGUGGAGGCCAACAAUCCCAAUCAGAGUGGUGUCGGUGCUGGUGGCGGCGGCGGCGGCACUGGUGGUCCUCUGAGUCCUAGCAUUUCGUUCUGGUUCCGGCUGAACCGCAUCAUUCUGCGCCUCUGCUCGACGCAUCAGUUCAAGAACCUUCAGGUGGAAAUGCUGUAUCAGCGUUACUUUUUGAGAAUGAACCAAAGUAACACCACUCACAUUCUGGCCCUGCUGCUGGUCCUCAUCCUGGCCCUGUCCGGCACGCACAUCGUGUUCACCACACUGCAGCUUUGCCGUGGCGGGGGGAGUGCAAUGAAACUGGAAAGUCUCAGCCUGGACCCAAAUGCCAGUGCCAGUGCCAGUGCCACUGAUGGAGGCGGCAACUUAACGACAACCACAAUGGAGCCACCACCACCACCGACGGCAAUCGGCCAACAAAUUGCCAAUGGCAGGCGCUUUCCUGCGGCUCUCAAUUUGAAUUUGAAUCUGAAUUCGAGCGGCAGCCUGGCACGUGGAUACCAGGAACUGGAAGGGGGUGUGGCAGGAAGAGCAGGCCCCGAUUCUGACCGCGACCUUGUUGAUUUUGAUGUGGCCGAGGCUCGUGAUGAUGAUGGGCGCCGGACGGCGCAGUGGAGCCAGCAGCGUAGGCAGAAGCGCAAACAUUACCGACGACUCCACAAGCAUCGGUACAAGCAGCAUCAACAGCAUCAACAGCAUCGCACCAGAUACAGAAUACGAAGCAGGAGGAGUCUGCAGGAAGUGGAGGAGGGGCCUGUGGAGGCGCAGGUGCUUCGACUGUCCAGGAGGAACCCGGCUCAACUGAUUGUUGAGCCCGAUCAAGUCCUGUCCGAUGGCCUGUCCGAUGUCCUGACUGAUGCCCUGACUGGUGGCGUUGUCGCUGAUGAUAAUGUGGCUGAUGGGGCAGAGGCAGAGACUGGCAGUAAACGCAUUACGUAUACGCCGCGUGUACGCGACAACAAUGAAAUUUCACAUGCGGAACGUGAUGAAGUGUUAAACACAUCGUCAAAGGCAGAAUCAACAGAAGCAGCAGCAGUACCUUCGGAGGAUAAUUUGGGGCACAUCCUCUCCGCACUUGUCAUGAGAAUUGACGAGUCCGUGCUGGUGUUCCUCAUCGUAAUGCUAAUCUGUGGCAUUGUCUAUGGCUUUCUGCUCUGCAUCCUCGCCAAGCCGGCAAUGAACGAGAUAUUUCUGGUGCUGGUGUCCUAUGUGAUAUUGGGCACAUUCCUGGCCAUCGAAGUGGCCGUCAGCUAUGCCAUGCAGCCGAGCAAAUCCUUCAAUGGCAGCGCCUGCAGCAUCGUCCUAAUCUACAUGACCUACACGAUGCUGCCCCUGCGCCUGCGGGAGGCCCUGAUCGGAGGCUUUCUCCUGAGUGUCGUCCAUCUGUACACCUGCCUGAGGCUCACUACGGCCGCAGAGGCGGAAACUCUCAAAUGGGAGGAGCUGCUCGCCACAGGGGUGGCCCUGCUGCUGGCCAACCUCACCGGCGUCUACACCCACUGGCCCAAGGAGAAGGCACAGCGGAAGGCCUUCAUCGAGACGCGUCAGUGCAUUGAGGCGAGGCUGCGGACACAGCGCGAGAAUCAACAGCAGGAACGUUUGCUGCUCUCGGUGCUGCCACGACAUGUGGCCAUGGAGAUGAAGGACGAUAUUGCGGGCCAGCCACGUGACACACAGUUCCAUAAGAUAUACAUACAGCGUCAUGAGAAUGUCAGCAUUCUCUUUGCGGACAUUUGCGGUUUCACCAGCCUCUCGGAUCAGUGCACCGCCGAGGAACUGGUGCGUCUGUUGAACGAGCUCUUCGCCCGCUUUGAUCGAUUGGCUGCGGAGCAUCAUUGUCUCCGCAUUAAGCUGCUGGGCGAUUGCUAUUAUUGUGUCUCUGGUUUGCCGGAGCCAAGGCCGGAUCACGCCCAUUGUGCUGUGGAAAUGGGACUCGAUAUGAUUGACGCCAUUGCGCUGGUCCGCGAGGUGAUGGCCGUCAAUGUGAACAUGCGAGUGGGCAUCCAUACGGGGCGCGUGCACUGCGGCGUCCUGGGCCUGGUCAAGUGGCAGUUCGAUGUGUGGUCCAACGACGUGACCCUGGCCAAUCACAUGGAGAGCGGCGGCAUUCCCGGACGCGUUCACAUCACCAAGGAGACGCUGAAAUGUCUCGAUGGCGACUACGAGGUGGAGGUUGGCAAGGGCGCCGAACGCAAUUCCUAUCUCAAGGAUCAUCAAAUAGAAACGUAUCUCAUUGUGCCAGGGGAUAUCUACAGACCACACAAAAAGUCUCGAAAUCGCUUGCAAGUGAAUGGCAACAUAUCCAAGGAGCUGCGCAUGAUGGGCCAUGGCACUGCCCAGAAGCAUUCAUCCAAGUUCGGUUUUGGUGACAGUUCGGAGAGCACCAAGGAUCCCGAGGAUGAGGUGAAUGAGUAUCUGAUGCGUGCCAUCGAUGCGCGCAGCAUUGAUCAUCUCAGAGCCGAGCAUUGCCAGUCCCUGCUGCUGUGCUUCAAGAAGACUGUGCUGGAGAGGAAGUACGCCAGCGAACCGGAUCGCAUGUUGUGUGUGUACUUCUACUGCAGUCUGCUGGUCCUUCUCGGCACCAGCUUAAUGCGACUGGUGGUGUUCCAGAGCUCCCUGCUGACUUUGGCCUUGUCCCUGGUGGCGCUGUUGCUGUUGAUAUUUCUGGUAUUUCUGGUGGCAUGUCAUAAAAUCAACUUUCAGCUGCCAUCGGACAUCAAACGCUUCUCAUUGCGCAUUCACAGCAAUCGCAGGAUAUCGCAGUUUUUCGCCUUCGCCAGCGUCGCCCUGAUAGUCCUCACCACCCUCCUGGCCAUGUUGCAGGAAUCCUCGCGGCAGCUGGAGCUGCUGGAAAGCCACCGCUUCUGGAUGGAGGUGAAUGUCACCGAAUACAGUCUGGAGGAGAUGCUGGCCCCAGAGUCUGCGGAGGCACCCGACUGCGACUUCUAUCUGGCGUACAAUACAUUCCUGCUGCUCACCCUGCUCUCGAUGAUGAGCUGUGCCACCUACCAAGUACUGCGGAUCCUGCUCAAGCUGAUGCUCCUGCUGCUGGCCUCCGGCAGCUACAUGGCCUGCUCCUUCUAUUUAUAUGCGCGCAGCAAGGAAAUCAGUCAUGAGUUGGCGAAUGAGGAGGCUCUGCUGCGCUACAUAAUUGAUUGCAUCUUCCUCUUUGCAUUCAUGCUGGCCCUCAUCUUCCACAGCCACCAGACGGAGGCCACCUAUCGCUUGGAUUUCAUUUGGAAACUGCAGGCAACGGAGGAAAAGGAGGAUAUGGAACAUUUGCAGGCUUAUAACCGUAAACUGCUUGAAAACAUUCUGCCCGUUCACGUGGCCGAGCAUUUCCUGAGCCGCGAAAAGCACCUCGAUGAUUUGUAUCACGAGCAAUGCGAUUCCGUGUGCAUCCUGUUUGCCAGCAUUCCGAAUUUCUCCGAAUUUUAUGUGGAGCUGGAGGGCAAUAACGAGGGCGUCGAGUGCUUGCGUCUGCUCAACGAGAUUAUAGCAGAUUUCGAUGAACUGCUGAGCGAAGAGCGUUUCCGUUGCAUUGAGAAAAUCAAGAGCACGGGCGCCACUUACAUGGCGGCAUCCGGACUGACGGUGAGCACCUGCGACCAGGUCAACUUCAAUCACGUCACUGCCAUGGCCGACUAUGCCCUGCAGCUGUUCGACAAGAUUGAGGAGGUCAACAUGCACUCCUUCAACAACUUUCGGCUGCGCAUAGGCAUCAAUAUUGGUCCUGUGGUGGCGGGCGUCAUCGGGGCCUGCAAGCCGCAGUACGACAUCUGGGGGAAUGCCGUGAAUGUGGCCUCUCGCAUGGACUCCACGGGCCUUGUGGAUCACAUCCAGGUAACUCAGGAGACGCAGCAGAUCCUAGAGGGACGCGGCUUCGAGCUCACGUGCCGCGGCAGCGUCAAUGUCAAGGGCAAGGGCUCCAUGAUCACCUACUUCCUCAAGGGCAAGAAGCCCAUCGAACCACCCGCUGCCAUCAGAGAGGAGGCGCCAACCAAGGCAGAGAUAGAGCCGCCCAAAACACUGACACUCGUGAAGGAGGGCGAAGGAGGAGCAGGAAGCAGCCCACCGCAGAAGGAGAUGGCCGAACAGGAGCAGCUGCCCAAAGAUCAGCUGGAUGAGCAUGAGGAUGAGGACGAUCUCCUGCCCUCACCAGACAUCGAUCUCAACUCGAACAUGCAGAACUUGACGGCGCAGCGCAGGAAGUCCCUCUGCCGACAGCACAACAUCUCGUCCUCCUUCGGCACGACGGUGAGCAGCUCCACGGGCAUCACGCCCAGCAUCUCGAACAGCUCCAGCGUGACGACCAUCGGAGCCCUGCCCACCCUCCUGCGCAACGCCAAUCCGAAUCUCACGGACAACUGUUCCGAGUGUGGGGCGACCAGCAAGUCGGCGGCCACGCCCACAGCGCCACCACGGACCCUGGUGGCGGAGCUGAGGGAUGAGAUAGCGAGGGACGAGAAGAGCGGCCUGAAGGACUCCAUUGAGAACCUGGAGAUCCUGCUGAAGAACAACAUCAGUCUGUCGGACCUGAGCAACAAGCAGCAGCAGAAUCUGAGGGGGGAAAUGCCACCACUGGCGGCAGGCAGCGUCACUGCCUCCGCCACCACCACUCUGAGGAAGAGGGACACCAUCGUGUGCUUCAAUGUCACUGAGACGCUGACCACCACAGCCACAUCCUCCCAGUCGCAGUCUCUGUCGCAGCAGACGCAGCCGUCGCAGCAGCAGAGAAAACGCAGAUCGGUGACCACCAUUUCGGCCAUCUGCAGCAGCACCACCACCACGCGGCUGCUCUCUAACGAGAGCCAGAGCUCUACCCAGACGGCGCCGGGAACCCUGGAGAGCAGUGCGGCAACCCAAUCCUCGACAGAGGCCUCGCAGGACUGGCACCCCAAGACCGCCACGCUCGAGCCGAAUCGCAGUCCCAUCAGGACAUCCCAGUCGAUGAGUCCGAUUGGACAGCUCACAACGGAGGUGUUUGUGCUGCCCAACAGCCGCAGCAUGAUACUCAUCAGCAGCACGGUCGGAGCGGGAACGGGAACGGGAGCGGGAACAGGCGCCAGCAGCCCCCGGGCGGGGUUCCUUCAGGAUGUGAGCACGUAGGGGAUGCGAUGCCCGUGCCCGGCCAACCAUGUAAAUAUGUACAAAGCCGCAGGCCCAAAGCUGACAGCUAGACAGCCCGUAGAUACUCGUAGAGAAUAUUAUGGUUUAUUGUAGGAUGAUUGGGAUGCCACAUCAGUAUUGGCCCCCAGCCAACCCCUUUAGCCGCCCCGCCCCCGCGCCCCGCCCCCCGUCUAUACGUAUGAUCUCGCAUUUAAUGUAGCUUUACGUGUUGUUCCUCAGUUAGCGUUUCAUUCAGGCAUGCCAUUCAAUGAAAGAGUUAAAGAGUUUAGAGUUUAGCCCGCAACGUUUCCAUAUCACACACACACACAGGAAAAACUAAAGUACGAAAGCAGAGAACUGCACUGCAACGGGGCACCAAAGCGGAUCGUUAGUCUAUCAUAUCCGAAUAGGUUGUAAGCAGAGUAGCAAUGGAGUCGCGGAGUAGGUGUGUAAGGUUCCUAAGUUGGUUCUAAGUUGGGCCUUCAGAGCGCAGCUACUUAAUCUCGCAUCCCCCAGACCCAUGGGCAUCCAUCGGGUAAGUGUGCAGAACAAAUCGAAUUUAAUGUUUAUUAUAACGAAACGAGAGAAUAACUAAUGAAUAAGGUGGGAAAUGCAAAUGGUAAAUGAUUUCCAGAUCCCGAAAUAUCCAAACUCAAAAUAGAUAACCAGCUUGAACCUAUGACCAUUAACCGUACCGUAGUAAACCUUGGCCCAUCAGUCUUAGAAUGAAACCAGACUCUGCACAAAAUGGAUACCAAAUUCAUUUUCAUUCCCCACGCAAAAACAGAUGAAGUUUAUGGACAGUCCCGGCAGCCCAUCCAUGAAACGAAUGGAACUAUUUUCCAGCGAUAACCAUAUCGAGAGCUAUAUAUUCUAUAUUUAAUAGAGAUAUCUUAACUUUUGGGACUGUCUAUGGACUGCACUCUCUCUCUCGCUCUCUCUGACAUCAUUUAAGCGCGAACAGAACUCGUGUCAAUUGAAAUCCGAACAGCAAAACUAUUUUUAAUUGUUGCGCAAAUGAUAAUUAUGCAAUUAUCCUGCGAUAAAUGUAAAUCCAAAGAGUAUCAAAUACGAAUAAUAACUAGAGCGUUAAUUGCCGUAAAUCCAAAUCGUUUUAUAUGUGCGUUAAAUGUGUUUCGAUGUCUCUGUACUAUUGUAUGUCUCAACUCAAUGUUGCUGAAAGCAUCCACACACACACACACACCACACACACUUUAAAGUUUAUGAGCAUCAUAAUUGAUGCACAAAAUAAAUUAUAAUAUUUAUGAGUAAAGCAAACCAAACAAAAAAAAAUUCUCGCUGUGAUUUCUAUGAAACAAAAACCAAAAAGAACGUUAGGAUGCAUAAAUUAUUUGAUAACUUGAUAAACUUUUUUUUGUUACUUAGUUUUAACUCGAAAACUCGUAAAAAACGAACGCCCGCUGGGCCCACUUUUGACUCUAGCUCUAGCUCCAGCUACGAACUAAAUAUAAUUUAACUAAGUGCAAAGUAUCCUCUACUAUGUAGUUUAUACAGAUUCAGAUACAGAUAUACAGAUACAGAUACCGUUUAUGUGUGCGUGCGUUGAUUAGCUUUGAUGUUAAAUUUAAUGUUGAUAUACUACUUACCGUGGGUUAAGUCAAUGUCAAAUGUCAAUGUAAAUGUGUUAAUAAACUAUACGCAUAUGUAUAUGG